CGAAUUUUGACACCUGCCCCAAUCAUCGGCAAAAGAAAAAUUAAAACGUCAAAAAUUAUUUAAAUUUCAAGAACGACGCGUAACUCUUCCGUCAUUUUUUUUUUACUGAAAAAUUUAUUUUAUUUAUCUUUGAAAUAUGGCAGAAGCGGAGACGGUGCUCUAUUCGCAACUCCAACCAUGGAGUACUGUAGCCGCCACUCCAUGCAUGGAACAAGUAGCAGGUCCACCAAUCCCAUCGCGUAUUGGUCAGUACUACCAAACUCCUCGACCACAUCCUUGGCGGCCCACUUUGGGAUAUGAGACCGUGGAAGUUAUGCCUCUACCCAAUCAGCAUGCCACCAACGCCUUAAUCGACCCGUGUUACACCCCAUACGGAAUGGCUACAGAACCCUUAAAGUUCCCAAACUUGGUAACGGGAUUUGAAAGAAAUCCCGCUCAUGCAGCAAGAGCGGCACUUUACACCCGAUACACUCCACUAGAGUGGACUCAGAGUAAUCUCAGACAUUUUAAUGAAGCAGACACUAAUAGAAACUAUUCGGAAAGGCUUCGGGGGGAUUUUAUAAGGGUCAUGAGAGAAACUGACGAAAAAACUACACAAGGCCAACGAGAAUCUGGCAGGAGAUUGGGAGAAAGAAUUACAGAUACGUCGUUUUGGCGGAACGAAGUACGAACUGAACUGGAGCGGCUUUUGACAGAAACCAGUUUACUGCAGGACGCCAAACGGGCCAUUGAUAAAGCUGUUAAUGAUAUUGAGGCUCCCCUACAUAUCGCACAGGAAUGCCUUUAUCAUAGAGAAAAAAGACAAGGAAUUGAGUUGGUUCAUGACAGUCCAGAACAAAGUUUACUGAAAGAGAUUGAGACUUACCGAAAUGCACAGGCUAAACUUAAGUGCCUUGCCUCAAAGGUGGGUGAUCAAUUGCGAAAUAACAGAGCAGCUCAGCACGAAUUAGAAACAGACAUAACUAGCAAAGAAGGAGCGUUGGGCAUUGACAAUAUUUGCCAUCAACUAAACAACUUCUCCAAAGGAAUAAACUAUUACGGCGGAAUUGAAAAGUUUGACCCUACUGUAAGCACCACACAAACCUGGGCCGAACACAGCAAUCGUAUCGUUCAGAAAUCUCAAUCGGAGAGAGGACAUUCGGCGCAGAUGCGUUCUGAUAUCGACAAUUUAAUAAAUACUUGCUCUCAAGAGGUAUGGGAUGCUUGGAGCAACACUAAUAACGCUUUAGCUCGCAGAGCGGCAGAAUCACUGGAAACCAAGAGUAAAUUACAAAAUCAUCUGCAUAAGUGUCAACAAGAGCUAUUUGAUUUAGAAAAGAACAUUGAACUGUUGAAGAAAGCUAUUAUCGAUAAAAGUGCGCCGAUGAAGGUGGCCCAGACACGCCUUGAAGCUCGUACACAUCGCAAGAGUAUUGAGUUGUGUCGCGACACUGCUCAAGACAGAUUGGUAAAUGAGGUUAAAGACCUCCAAGACAACAUCGAAUAUCUUCACAGAAAAUUGCAAGAAGCAGAGGCUCAACAUCAGCAACUACUUAAGACCCGAGCAAGUCUAGAAGAAGACCUGCAUAAUAAAUGUAAUUCUUUGUUCAUUGAUAGAGAAAAAUGUAUGGGGUUGCGAAGAUCAUUCCCUAUAACCGCCACCAUUAAAUACUAGAAGUUUUUUUUCUGCAUCACGGAUCAAUUUCACUGCAUUAAUUUUUAUAAAUUUAUGUGUUUUUAUUUAAUAAAAGUUGGAAAGAC